ACAACAUGGAUUUACUUAGUGAGGAUAGUGAUGUUCUGCAAAAAAAGAUUACGUAUGUACAGGAAUAUGUUGACGAUAUUAAGUCUGCCCUACCCCUAUUGUAUCACAGUGCAAGCAGUUUAGAGCAAUUGUUUGAUUCAAAACCUGGAGUUACUUGUGAAGAUUCAAUCAGAAAUAAAGUUAAAUUUUAUAAAGAAGAGUGGAAGGUUGAAAAUGAUGAAGUGUAUAGUCUUAUAUCUAAAUACUUGUACUGUAUGAUACAUCACCAUGAUAAUACUGUAGCAGUUAUAAAAUUAUUAUUAGACAAAAACGUCACUGUUAAGAGUCUCUUGAAAUACAAUUGGAACGUACUAAUAGACAGCAAAGUAGCUAAGGAAAGGUUAAAAAUCUAUUCAAAAUUUGAAAGUGUGUUACCUAUAAAACCAUGGAUUUUGAAUUGCAAAGAAUCAGAAUUUACAAGGAAAUUAACAACCCUAAACGAAAAAUCUAUUGGUUUGUUAGAGUAUAGUGGAGUUGUUAAGUUUUUAAGUGAAAAAACAGGCUAUCGCAAAAAAUUGAUAGAAUUUAAAUUAUCUACUCGUAAUCUCCAGAACAAAACUUUGAAUCAGGUAAAGUUAAUAACUGAUUUAAUCAUCAAAGAAGGCUAUGAUUGGCAUGAUAUAGUAUGUUCCAUAGAGGUACUUCAUCUUUCUGGAGAAUUAAUAAUUAAUAGAUUUUCACAGCUGAAAAAUAUCAAUUACAGGCCACAUUUUUUAAAAUUUUUACUCCUUUCCGAUAAAGAUUUCGUUGAAUAUGUAAAUACUUGUAAAAAAUAA